AUGGACAUCAUCACGGCAGAAGUAGAUGAUGAAGGUGUUGUUACAUGUGAUGAUGGUAAUAUAAUUCAUUUUCAGGCGGAGGUCAAGCGCAGCAAGACCGGUAUCCUAUCACCAGUGGUCUUUUUCCAGGACCUGUACCGACGCAUCUUCCCAUCAGGACAAGGGAUUUUGAAUAGAACUAGAUUCUGUCCUGUCCGAUUUUUACGUCGCCGCGAACAAGCUGAAGCUGGCACAAGCCACACUCUUGCAGGACGAGUGGGCCAAGAAGGUCAUGCUCAUGACCUGAUGGUGGAGCUGGUGCCACAACACGACGCGAGUACUACAACCACGACACGCGACGCACCCAGUCCGUCUCGUCGUACAACUUGCUGUACGCGUGAUCGCCGCGAGGAGCCCGAGGUGGGAAAAAGCGUACCAGUGGACUCCAAGAAGGUGCGUUCUAUCAUCAAGGACACGAUGUUGAAGAAGAGAAUCAAGAAUAAGAAACAGCAAAACGGCAACUCCGCGGCGGCAGCGGCGAACACUGCUACCACGGCUUUCACGCUGCUCCUCGAGAGUGUCUGUGCCGUGUUUCGCCGCGUGAUCUGGAAACCAUCCGUGGCUGUGGUGAUGUACUUAUCCUUGCAGGUGCGAACGUCACAACCCCACCAUCUGGUUGUAUCCUGUGUGGAAUCUUCGCCAUCAGCAGCUGCAUCUGCAUGCGAUCACUUUGCAGUGUGCGAAUAGAAACAUCAAGAGCGAUCCUAUUGAUCUUGACCGACUUAUUUGCAGAGAUAUUUCAUGGGGAAGUAAACAUGUAAUUGCAUGCACCAGUACAAAUUGCCUCAGGAGAUCAGCUUGCUGAGGAUCGUGUUACACAUGAUAUCAUAGUCAUACGACCUUCUGGCUCUUUGUAGGCUCCUUAACCGAGGAGCAGUUCCUACCCGGCUCGCUCGCUUACCGACGCAGCAUAUCCGAGAUGCUACGAGCCUCACGAAGCGAGGGCAGUAGUGCCAUGCGACAAGAGGGGUCUGUACUUAUGCGGGGGAUCGCUUUCACUGGCGCGCAGGCGCACCUCUUCACCACAGGAACAAAGUCACCGCCUGCAAGGCUAGUCAUGCUCCUAAUGCUGUAAAUUCAGGAAUGCAAAAGGCGAAAACGCAUCGAGACAUAACGCAUGAUGUCCUGUUUCUGUUGUUAUGCCUCUUCGUGAGUUUCCGCGUUCGGAUCCGAUUUGAAAAAAAAGCUUCACAGCUGCAGGUGCGACCUGUCAUCUGUACUUAUGUGCGCGGGUACUUCGUAAAUCGUUUUGCACCGAACAGGCAGUACUAGAACAAGAUAAUUAGAAAAUAUUAGAGGCAUUCAUAAUUAUAUAUGUGCAGUUUAACGAGCAACGAAGACUCUUGU